AUAAUGCAGUGCAUUUUGCAAUGUUGCAAUUGACCAAUAAAGGAAAGGGUUUAGGCUAUUAAUAUUAUACCAAAUUAUAUGCAAACGUAAAUAAAUAGAUAGGUUAGGGUGCAUCUAACAAUAAUUGACGUGUCAAUGCAACUGCAAAUGGCGGACACCAAUGGUGACACUUCCUCGGUAGAACAGAAAAUCGAGAAACUGGCGAUAUCCGCGAAGAACUUGGCGAAAAAUAAAAAUGACGAGGAGAGUGGAAAGAUGCGGGAGCCUCGUCUAUGGGGUUUCGAAACUAAGGAACUGUACAAAAUCGCAGUCAAUUUUUAUAAAGAAAAAGAAGGCAAAGCUGUUCAUUUGUCUUAUGAAGACAAAUUAAAGCUAGUGGCUUUUACCCAGCAAGUAACGCAUGGCAAAUGUACUACGGAGAAUGCACCACCUUUGGGUGUGUUGGAUGUAAUUGGGAAAGACAGACGCUUAGCAUGGCAAAGUUUAGGAGACAUAUCCAAGGAACAGGCGAUGGAAGGAUUUAUAGUUUUGUUAGACAAGCUAUGUCCCCUGUUUAUAACAGUUGUAGAAGCACAGAAAAGGGACAUCGAAGAGAAGUUAAGGUUGAAAAGGGAGGAGGAAGCAAGAAAAGUAGAAGAAGAAAGGAGAUCAAAAGAAUUAGAUGAACAAAGAAAGAAAGAGGAGGAAGCUAGAUUAAAGGAAGAAAUACAGAGGAGACAAAUUCAAGAUGCCUUAAAUCAACAAACAUUUUACCAAUUCAAAAUGUAUGCAGAGCAACAAUAUCCUGGCAAUCCAGAGCAACAAGGAGUACUAAUAAGGCAAUUACAAGAACAACAUUAUCAUCAGUACAUGCAACAAUUACAUCAAAAUCAAUUACUAGUAGCAGAUCAAAUUCCAGAAAUAAACACUGCCAUAAUAGAAAAUGCCGAGAAGGAAGAGUCAAAAGAAACAAAUGAAAUGGCCACAUUGAACAGAGAAGAUUCUGAUGAAUUGCCAGAUGAUUUCCCACAUAUAGAUCCACCACAAAUGUGGACUAGACAGGGUAUGAAUGCCUUCAAGGAACUCAUUAGGAGAGAAGAUGGUGAUGCAGUUAUUAAAGUUGGUCAUGGAGAAAUACUAACGGUUAGGGUGCCGACGCACGAAGAUGGCUUGUGUUUAUUUUGGGAAUUUGCGACGGAUGGCUAUGAUAUUGGUUUUGGAUUAUUUUUUGAAUGGACAAAACCAGAAACAAAUCAAGUAUCGGUACAUAUUGCUGAGUCUGAAGGAGAGGUGGAGGAGGAGGAGGAUGAGGAAGAGGAUGAUGAAUCUGAAACAAAAGAUGAUAUAGAAAGUGGAAUAACAAAUAAUGUAAUUCAGUCUAAUUGCAAACCAUUGCCACCACCUAUAAGCGUGAUAAUACCUAUUUUCAGGAGGGAUUCACAAGAAGAAGUCUAUGCAGGAAGUCAUAAAUACCCAGGGCAGGGUGUGUAUCAUCUUAAAUUCGAUAAUACAUAUUCACUUUGGCGAAGUAAGACGCUUUAUUACCGAGUGUACUACACACAAAAUGGUUAUGUGAAAAAUUAGCUUUAUUAAAAAAAAAGAUACUAUGCAAUUCACUGAUCAUACUAUCGUUGAGAACUAGCCUGUUGUGAUUAUUUGCCAAAAUUGCUAGUCCAACUAAAUGAAGAGUCCUAUAUGUUAUUUCUGUUCACACCAAGUGUUUACAAGAAGAAACACAAAUAUAUAUUUAUUAUGGUUAUGUAAAGACACUUUAUUGUUUAAUAUGGCAAGCAAAGUGGGCACAAGUAAAAAAAGAAAGGCUCCUAUCUUUCCCUUUUCCAUGGACGUUUAUAAAAAACAAAGCAAAACGAAAAAGUAAAGUGUAUAAACGUCGGUAACAACAACAAAUCGUGUAUCGCGAAUAAUUGUUUUAAUAGUCCGAUAUAUUAGUGUUAUAUUCGAUUGUAUAAUAUGCCAGUAAUGUGUCGGUCAUUUUAUGCGUAAUAAUUGUUUUCUUUUGUGAUAAAGAUUUUAGUAUAUCUUUGUUGUUAUCUCACUCGUGUCUGUACUUAUACUUUUAUAAAUAUUAUCCCACGUUUUGGAAAAAUACAUUGGAAUCAAACCA